AUGACAGUCGAUUUACUGACCACCUUAGCAGCACUAGCGGCUGUCAUAUCAGCCGUAGCACUCGACUGCCAGCCGAGAGACUAUGGUUGGGGCAGUUUCGUGUGCGUCUGCAGCCCGAACCGAUGCGACUUCGUCGGUGACAUCGGCGAUCUGCUGAGUGGAGCAGCGGUGGUGUUCGAGAGCAGCAAAGCCGGCCUAAGGUUUGCGAAGACCACCACAACAUUCAGCGAAACAACAGACGUUGCUGAUGGUGACGACUCAGAAGUCCUUUUGAUCAACUCCUCAAGGACAUACCAGAGGGUGCUCGGUUUUGGAGGUGCCUUCACUGAUUCCGUCGGAAUAAAUCUGAACUCUCUGCCGACCGAAAUGCGAGAUGAUAUCCUCAAGUCCUACUAUUCCAAAGAAGGAAUCGAAUACAACAUGGGAAGAAUCCCGUUGGCCAGCACUGAUUUCUCUGUACGCAAAUACACGUACGACGAUUCUCCCGAUGACUUUGAGCUCAAAAACUUCACCCUUGCCCAUGAAGACUUCGAUCUCAAGAUACCUUACAUCAAAAAGGCCAUGUCUCUCUCGGGUGACUACGUGUGGUUCUUCGGCAGUUCCUGGAGUAGUCCAGCCUGGAUGAAGACCAACGGCGAGCUGGAGGGCCUCGGUUUUCUCAAGGGUCAACCGGGAGGGCCCUACUACAAGACUUGGGCAAAAUAUCAUGUCAGGUUUGUGCAGGAGUACGAGAAACAGGGGGUGCCCAUAUGGGGAAUGACGACACAGAACGAACCAACGUCGGGCUUCGUUCCGUUCUAUCCGUGGCAGACACUGGGUUUCACGCCGUGGAGUCAGAGAGACUUCGUCAAGCUCGACCUCGGGCCGGCUCUGGAAGAAGCCGGCUACGGUGAGGGCAAAGUGAAGGUCAUGAUCUUUGACGACAAUCGCCUCUUCCUUCCGUUCUGGGCAAAUGUGGUCCUCAGCGAUGAUGAGGCGGCAAAGUAUGUGCACGGAGUUGGCGUCCACUGGUACAAAAACAAUUUCAUCGGCCCGGCUGUCCUAGACGAUGUGCGAGAGGACUUCCCGGAUAAGUUCAUCCUUGCCACGGAAGCCUGCACCGGUUACGAAACUACGACCGUGAACAAAGUCAAGCUUGGUAGCUGGGAUCGCGCCGAACGAUACGCCAGUGACAUAAUCGAGGACCUCAACCACGGAGUUGGUGGUUGGACAGACUGGAACCUCGUUUUGAACACAGAAGGCGGACCCAACUGGGUCGGAAACUACGUUGACUCGCCUAUCAUCGUAAACGCCACUGCUGAAGAGUUUUACAAGCAGCCCAUGUAUUACGCUAUGGGCCACUUCAGCAAGUUCAUUCCAAGAGGCAGCAUCAGGAUCUUUUCGAGCAUGGAACAACACAACAUUCUAGACAUCUUUGGUAAAGAACUGGAGCAUACCGCCUUCCUGAGACCGGAUUCAGCAGUAGUUGUGGUCGUACUGAACAGAGGGGACCGCAAUGUCAAGCUGAAAAUCAAAUACCUGGUUAGCUGCGUCAGCUUUCAGAAAGCCAUCGAAAAACGUUCCAUAACGACGUUCAUCUGGAAACCAGAGAGAUCCUGUGCCCAUCAUAGUCAAUCAUCCAGUACUGUUGGUGCAAAAUUCUCUUGA